AUGGAGACUUGGCGGCGAUGCAUUCAGACCGCAAAUCGGGAGAGAAGAGCGGUUGCCGAUCUUGACACUGAAAGGGGUCUUCUUGACAGCCGUGAGCCCAGGCCUCCAAAGCGUCGUCUCUCUGAUCCUACCCCAGCCCAAUACCCUUACCGAUCAGCACUGGGUGUCGAAAAAAAAAAAAGCCCGGCAAGCAACGCCAAAAGCUUUGUGGUCCCGUCCAGUCAUAACGAAUCUCCUCGUAUCUCCGCUUCUCCGCCGACAGGACAUCGGUGCCUAUAUUCCAGAAGGUGUGGAAGGAUGAGCAACAUUGAGCCAAGAAACCGGCCACGCCGACGCAACAUCUCGGGUUCCGACCACUCAGAGGCAUUCGUCGUUGUGACCUGCUCCUUGUUUCCCCAUCGCAAGCAGCCCCAGAUUCCUCGAUGCCUCCGUCUCCCAUGGGCGGCGCUACCUGCCCUCGCACAUAGAUCGGCGCCAAGAUAUCUUAUAUCGGCGACUGUACCCGGCAUAAGCAGCAAGGUUCCGGUUGGCUCGCACGGUGCCCGGGAAAAAGUCUGGACCGCAAUUUAUUCCCACCACCACAAAAAAAAAAAAAAAAAAAAAAGAGCCCAUCCGGAAGACUUCGGCACUCCGGCAAAGCGAAAAACGUUAUUAUGGCUAUAA